AUGAUAAGCAAACGGCUCUUUCAAACCAGUGCUAAAAAAAUUGCCUUUGCUUUUGAUAUAGAUGGCGUUUUACUUAGGGGCAAGAAACCUAUUCCGGGCGCUAGUGACACAUUGAAACUACUGAACCAGAACAAGAUCCCAUAUAUAUUAUUAACUAAUGGUGGUGGGCAUUCUGAAAAAGCACGUACAGAGUUUAUCUCAAGCCAACUGGACGUUGAUAUAUCACCUUUGCAAAUUAUCCAAAGUCAUACUCCAUACAAGACCCUUGUUAAUAAAUACUCAAGGAUUUUAGCUGUUGGUACACCUUCCGUAAGAAAGGUCGCAGAAGGCUAUGGGUUCCAAGAUACUGUUCAUCAGACUGAUAUUGUCAGAUAUAAUAGGGACAUAGCGCCGUUUAGCGGACUUUCUGACGAACAAUUGCUGGAGUAUUCACGAGAGAUUCCGGAUUUGACUACUAAGAAAUUCGAUGCCGUGUUAGUGUUUAAUGACCCUCAUGAUUGGGCAGCUGAUCUACAGAUUAUUUUAGACGCAAUCAACAGUAAAAAUGGGAUGUUGAAUACUUUGAGAAGUGAGAAAAGUGGCAAACCUUCCAUCCCUAUCUACUUCUCAAAUCAGGAUUUACUAUGGGCCAAUCCUUAUAAAUUGAAUAGAUUUGGUCAAGGUGCCUUCCGUUUGUUGGUUAGAAAACUAUACUCCGAGUUAAACGGUGAACCCUUGCAAGAUUUCACUUUGGGUAAACCUACAAAACUGACUUAUGAUUUUGCGCAUCAUGUCCUUAUUGACUGGGAAAAGAGACUGAGUGGAACGAUAGCUCAAUCUAUUGAACAGAAAUUACCACUAUUAGGCACCAAGCCUUCAGUUUCUCCAUUUCACUCAGUGUUCAUGGUCGGUGAUAACCCUGCAAGUGAUAUUAUUGGUGCUCAAAAUUACGGCUGGAACAGUUGUUUGGUGAAGACAGGUGUUUACAAGGAGGGCGAUGAUUUAAAGGAAUGUAAACCUACAAUGAUUGUAGACAACGUAUUCGAUGCAGUGACCAGAACACUGGAAAAGUACGCAUGA